CACUCAACUCUCAAUUAUCGCCAAUCACCAGUCAGUGACACCACUGACACCAGUGGCGCCAGUAUCGCCGAGUGUUUACGCGGGAGAGAUUUGCUAGUAUAGGUUAUUAUUCUAACCUCAAAUACAUGUGCACGAUCUUUGAAAGCUCACCUGUAAAUUUUGUAUUUUCGACAACAUGGAGCUCUUCGAAGAUCCCAUUUUUAAGACCAAAUACUUGAAGAAUAAACUUCGUGUGAAACGAUGGGAGAGCGAUUUUAUGGAAAGAUACGGACGCAAACCUAACAAGAAUGAUAUAAAAGAAGCAGAUGUAUCUAUCAAGGAGGCAUACAAGAUAUAUUGGAAGCUGAAAACACGAGCUCUCGAGGAGACUCUUACAGACAUUACGUUCUGCGAUGAUAUGCACACGCAAGACAAUAACUCGAAUAAAUCACCGCGAAAGUUAAUAAACAGUCAGGAGCAAGAUAAGAAUCCAAGCCCAGAGAAAGCUACAAAAGACGCAGAGAACAUAGAUCCUUAUAAUAAAUGCUCGAUGGAAAUGGAAGACUCCUUUAACCAACUGGUUCCAGUGAACGUUGAAGGUGCCUGGGGCAAUCAUUUGAGCAAGAGUAAGGAGCAAGCGCCAAAAAAGAAGCAAGCCCUGCUGAUUGGUAGAUCUUCCUCCUUUCAACUGUCUAGGAAUAAAUUUGAGAAUUCGACGUUUACUAAGCGAAAUCCGAGAAAGUCGCUGUCGUCGACAAAAAUAAGGAACAAAUCCGAGAGUACCUUAAACAGCUCGAGCAUCGAUCGGUUGGAUGUAGACAGCAAGGAUGGCUUCGAUGUGACGGUUGACGAGACAAAGUCUAUAUUUGGCGAAUCGAUGAAAGUGACGUUUGAGAAAAGCAAACCUGCUGCGUCGCAGCACUCCAUUAAUGCUGUCCAACAACUGGCCAACGGCCGUGUCACCGGCACAAGUCGUAAUUUGAAUCCAGGUUGGCUGGACCGAUGCGCGAGAGACAGUAAUUUGGAAGUGACGACGAUCAACCCUCAGAGGCUGUCGGGCACCAGCGAUUCUGGAAUAGAAUCCAUGGAAUCUAGCAUUUAUUCCCCGAAGGACUUGGCGUCUACCGUGAAAUCUGCCUCGUCGCUCCAAGUCUCCGAUGAGGAAGAUUUUGUAUGCAAUAGCGAGUCCGAGGAAGAACACGGGAAUAAGCGCAUUAGAAACUUCAAGAAACAACUGAGCGAUCAAGACGAUCGUCCCGCGAAACGACGACGUAUUUGUAUCAAUUCCGAUUCUACGAUCACUGAAUCUAAUAGUACAAUCAACAACGGUACAUUUAAACUGACUUCUUAUGUCGACAUCGAUAGAAGUUUUAAUUUAUUGUAUACAGAUAAGAAUAUUAAAAACGAAAUUGACAAUGAUAAUGCAUUUAAAUCAGCUAACAAUGUUGAUACAAAUACAGUGAACGAAUCAAUUAGGAUUAAAAGGGAUACAGUUUCUUUAGGUUUAGACAUUGAAUCGGACGUUAUCAUUAAGGAUCAAGUGACGUCUGAAAAAGUCUGCCAGAUUGAAAAUGAUCAUAAGGACAAAGUGAGAGUUGAAAAAGUCUGUCAGACUGAAAACGAUCAAACUAAAAAGGUAUUCGGACUGAUGGAUACUGUUUCAAAAUCUAUCAAUAUUAAGAACCAGGAAGAUCUUUUAGUAUCAGAUGAAAAACCCAUGAAACGUGUAUUACGUCGAAGAGUGAAACAGGUAUCAUCUGACAAUUCCGAUCUCGAUUAUACAGAAGAGAAAAGCAGAACUAAAACGAGAGCAAAGACAAAUAAGAAAUCUACGAAUCAGCGAAAUAAAAGGAAGACGGCAGAUGAUAAUGAGACAAAAUCCAAUGUAAGAAGGAACUUUUCCAGAGGACAAACAAAUUUAGAGAAGGAUGACGAAGAACAAUGUUCAGAUUUGGAAAUGAAGAUCCCGACAUAUGGUGUAGAAAUGUUGCAGACAAUUCCUCGCUUUGGGAUUAAGCCAAGUGGACCUGGCAAUCUCAUCGCACAGUUUUCUGAAUCUGUUUGCACCGACGCGGUGGAAAGGGACGCCUCGAUAUCUUCAACAACGAGCACGAAAUUGACCGCGAAGGAGAAGCUAGAGAAGAAAAUGGCUGCCGGGACAAUGAACGAUAAUUUCGUCAGGAUAAAUCUGAAGAAGAAAGUAUUCGUGCGAGGUAAGAAAACCUUUAAUUUGGGCAAAUAUAAGAGAAAUCAGUGGAAACAGAGGAAGAAGGAGUUGACAUCUAGUGAGCGCAACCUGGACGUAGCCGACUUGAUCGACAAAAAUGGCAUGACAUGCUUGAAAUGUGGUGAAUCCGGACACUUUGCUAAGUACUGCUCAGCUUCCAAAGGCGACGCUCUUCUACCCUUGGAAGAAGUCGACAACUCGUCGAACUUUCCGACUCUGGAGGAAGCUGAAAAGAUGGCGAAUGAGAAGGCCGUUGUUGUUCACAGUCACAAGAUUGAGCAACUUCCCGAGCGACCUUUCUAUUCUACUACGAAGACUUCGCGGGACGAAGAAGAUAUGACGGAAUUGUUUAAUGACGACUUCGUGGACUUCGACGAGAAGAGUGAUACAUUAACUUUUGGGCACAAGGUGCCACAGGAAUUGGUGUCCAAAUUGUUACCACCUCAGAUGAGAGCGAUUGAUCCGUUAUAUGCUGUAAAUGAAGACUGCAGUCUCGUCGAAACUCCCGCGGAAGUCUUCGAGGCAUUACGCAUGUUCGGUCACGAUAGUUUUAGAGCUGGCCAGGAAAAGGCAAUAAUGAGAAUAUUGUCUGGCCAGUCUACCCUGGUAACGCUAUCGACGGGCUCUGGAAAGUCUCUGUGCUAUCAAUUACCGGCGUAUUUAUAUAGUCAACGUUCCGCUUGUAUCACUCUAGUAAUUUCGCCUUUAGUGUCCCUGAUGGACGACCAAGUGACAGGCGUACCGAUGUUUCUGUCCGCUGCGUGCUUACAUACCAAUCAGUCGUCGAAAGUAAGGGAACAGGUGAUGCAAGCGGUGAAGGAUGGCAAGGGGAAUAUCCUGCUGGUAUCGCCGGAAGCGGUGGUAGCUGGCGAGAAAUCCUCUGGUUUCGGCGCUCUCCUCAGGCAACUACCGCCAAUCGCGUUUGCCUGCAUCGACGAGGCACACUGCAUCUCCCAGUGGUCGCACAACUUCCGACCGUCCUACCUGAUGGUUUGCCGGGUGCUCAAGGAAAAGUUGAAAGUGAAAACGGUGUUAGGACUCACGGCAACCGCUACAAAGACGACAACGGAAAGUAUAAUAAAGCAUCUGGACAUACACGACGGUUUGGCUGGUGUUAUAUCGGACGUGCCCUUGCCUAAAAAUCUCAUUCUAACAGUGUCCAAGGACGAGAACAAGGACCAAGCUUUGAUCGCACUGUUGAGGAGCGAGAGAUUCCGCAAAUGCGACUCUGUGAUAGUUUAUUGCAAUCGUAGGGAGGAGUGUGCGAGAAUUGCGAGAUUGUUAAGAAUAUCGUUGCAGGAUCCGCGAAAUCCUGAAAAGCCAAACAUGAAGAUAUCAAAAAUAGCUGAAACUUACCACGCCGGUAUGACGCCUCACAGACGCAAAAUUGUGCAAAAGGAAUUUAUGAACGGGAAGAUUAAAAUUGUAGUUGCCACUAUUGCAUUCGGGAUGGGCAUCAAUAAACCGGACAUCCGGGCUAUCAUUCAUUACAAUAUGCCUGGCACCUUCGAAGGAUAUGUACAAGAAGUCGGUCGUGCUGGAAGGGACAAUAUUACCGCACAUUGUCACCUAUUCUUAAAUCCCACGCAAGACAACGAUAAGUGGGAAUUGCGUAAACACAUACAUGCGAAUGGUCUCGACAGGCAUACGAUUAGACAUCUACUUCAAAGGAUUUUCAUUCCCUGUCUUUGUGCGAAGAUCAACAACAAAGAUUCGAGUCGAAGAUGUCCCGGUCACGAAGUUGCUCUUCCAAUCGAUGAAACCGUUCAAGCCCUUGACAUCACGCAAGAAAUGAUUUCGACAUUAUUGUGCUAUCUCGAGUUACACCCGAAAAGAUUCAUUACCGUACUAUCGCCCGUGUACGUUCGAGCGCGAGUUUCAAGUUAUGAAGGACCACAAGCUCUCAAACAAGCCGCACAAUCCUCUCCACCGCUCGCGAUGGCAAUAGCGCUGGACAAGAAAAACGGGAUUUCACAUGAAAAUAGUAAUAUUAUAGAGUUUCCAGUAAUUGACGUUGCAUCAGCUAUCGGAUGGGAUAGCGGCGUAGUAAAAAGUCAUCUUAAAACUUUAGAAUGGAAGACAAAAGUUGAUGGGAAGGUAAAACGUUCGGCCAUAUCUGUACAAUAUGAUAAACUUGGUUUACGGGUGAAAGCACCGGGCGACCUCACCGACGUUGAGCUGGACGAGGCCCUCGAAGCAUUGAUCGCACGCACUCAAUCUCAGGAAUCUUCAUGUUUGCAGCAACUCGAGCUUACAUCCUCCACGCUUAAUAAAAUCAGCGUGUCAUCAAUUAAACAUUGCUCGGUCUUGGACGAUGACAUUAUAAAGAGAUCGGAGGAGCUCAAAGACACUAUCAGAGAAUACUUUCAAUCCGAUUCUCCUUUAAAUAAUCUUGAUACCAAUUUUCAGAAUAAAGAGACAAACGAGCAGCAGAUCGCAGCCGAUGUUCGCAAUUUGAUAUUACGUUAUAGGGAUACUAAGUUCACGGGCCGUGCCGUAGCCCGUAUCUUUUAUGGAAUACAAAGCCCGAAUUAUCCUGCACCGAUUUGGAAUAGAUGUCGUUCUUGGAGAAUUCAUAUCGCUGCAGAUUUUAACACAAUUUGCAAAAUCGCGGAUAGAGAAAUUCUAGCGUUACGAUAAUGGAAUCGACUGAAUAAUAAUAAUUAAUAUAUUUAACCCCAUCUUGUUAGUCAUACACUUAAUUUUAAUUCUUAUUAGAAUAAACUUUUAUGACGCAUUGGAAUAAAUCGACAGACAAAAAGAUUUGCC